AUGGAAUUCGAUCUUGACAACUCAAACAGUAAUUUCUCCGAUAACCAUACCACCAGUUUCCUCGAAAACUUGUUUACAAAUUCCACAACCCUUGUUUAUUCCAUCUACGAGGAUGUGACGAAAACCGCGCAACCGUUGUCCGUGGAAUCCAGUGAGACAAGCACUUCUUCCCUGCCGAUUCCAACAAGUUGUGUCCGGGAAAAAUGGGCAGAGCCGGAUUUUGCAAGAUAUGCUUGUGAGGCAAACACUAACAUCUCAAUGAUUGCCGCUAUCUUCUUACUCAGCAUGAUUGUAUUCGGAGUUAUAAAAUGUCUGGUCUCUCAUGGAAUUCGCAACAUUUUUGACCUGAGACGAGACGGAAUCAGUUUUCCCAAGCGCCCGGAAUUCUUUGUCCUCAUAUGUUCCAGUCUUCCUCUAGUUUUCACAGUUCUCACUCGAUCCCUGUUCACUCCACUGUCUGUUGGACACGAUAUGUUUAUUCGCGGUUGGGGCUUGGCACAAACCAGGUUAUUCUUGGAUUUAUUUACUCGCACGGCUACGGUUUAUCAUCUUGUUUAUUGGGUCUACCGAACUCCCAUUAUCCACCUGCUAUGGCAAAUCAAAGUGACCAUAGAUGGUUUGGUGAACGCGUGGAAAAAUCGUCCGAAACCAGAGAAGAAACCAGUACCCGAUAAGAAACCGAAACUGAUUCUUACAAGCCGACCGAAACGUGCCACACCAACACAAGCUCGCCGUACCGGGCGCACAACAGAACAUGGUUACGGGAGAAAGAGGCAUCGAUCUAAAUCACUACGUAGCAAUCGAUCAAACGGAAAAUCUUCAACUACGGCAUCACAAAGUGGGGGAGAUCAGCAGCCGCCGAAUUCAUUGAUGAAUACAACACAAUCCACCCAUGUGAUCAAUGCAGGUGGCGUUAACCUUAUCUCCGCACAACCCUUGUUCACCGAUCAACCUCAGCUUAUGGCUUCCUACACCAUGGGAAUGGUGCCUAUUGCGAACGUUCCCGGGGCGUUAUACGGACAAAUCCCAGGGGGUGCGGUGACGAACUAUCCAAACAACUUCAACAUGUAUGGCCCAAUGGGCGAGGGUCAACCAGGUGCAUUUGGGGCAACAGUGGGCUACGGAAUGAAUUUCGGUAUGUCUCCCCUAGGCAUGAAUAUGACUCAACCGGGUAUGAUGGUUCAGAACUACUCACAACAGAGCUCAGUCUACGGUUUGGCUCAAAGCGUUAUGGGUGGAGAUCCUUCUAUGGGGAUCAGUCCAUCUGGUACAGAAACUUCAAACCUGAUAGAAACCGGAGGUUCAGAACUUCAAACCAAACCUUUGAAGCAGAAAAAAGAGCCUGUUAUAAUCCCACCGCCAACAAGAUUGUUUUGUUCCACUUGCAAACGCAUCAUCCCCGGAUGCAUAUAUCUAAUUUCUUUCUGUGCCACACUUCCUUCAGUUUUUGCAUUUGAAGAGGUGCAAGAAACUUUGUUCAAGGUUGCACGUUGUACACCCAGCUGUCGAUCCUAUUUCUACUACGACCUGGUCGUGAUUGUCACUGUACCGACAAUCAUGGUGAUCGUCGCCUUUUACCAUGCUGCUCUGUCAAGAAAACAGCUCAACGGUGGAGUGAAAAUGUCCUAUCGUCUGAGGUGUUACUAUGUCACAUUUAUUCUCCUAAACAUACCAAUGUUUGUACUCAUGCUCACUUCCAUUGCUUUUACUGUGAAGAAUAUGGUGUCAGAACUAUACGGAAGUGGGAUAGUGAUUGCCAUGACAGCAUAUCACGCAAACUUUGCGCUCAAGUCCACCGUCUACACUACAGGCUGCAACUGUAUUUGUUGCACAGACGCGUGCAUCCAAAGAUUUUCCAUCAUUAAUCGUUUCCUCACCUUCUUUACCACACCAGUAGCUUUCAAGGAUAAAGAAGCUCUGCUCGAAGGGACCGUGAUUCCGGUCAGUUCGGAUAAGGAGACGAAGAUGUCGCCGAGGUCAGUGGACUAAAAUGACAUCAAUUCACAAUGUUUACCCAGUUUAUUGUUUUGUUUGCAAGGUAGACCAAAGAUGUAAUCUUCCGUUGGUCCAUUAACAUUGCUCUAUCUCGUUCUUCCAGUCCAACCGUGAAAAAUUCACACUGAACUGCA